CAACUUUAUUGCUUUGCUGUUCCACUGCCUUUGAAAUCAGUGCUUUGCUGAGUGCUGAGUCACAACAAAUAUAGAACUGCACAUCCCAUUGCUGAUUUUCAAUUAUUUUUAAGUUAAUUGAAGGGGGCAAAAGAAAAGCUUACUUUUGUUUUGGGAAGUAACAUUAAUGGGUGAACAAUUGGGGCAACUCAAAAUCAUAGUGGUGCAAGGGAAGAGGUUGGUGAUCCGGGAUUUCAAGAGCAGUGAUCCUUAUGUUGUCCUCAAACUAGGCAAUCAGACAGCAAAGACCAAAGUCAUUAACAGCUGCUUGAAUCCUGUUUGGAAUGAAGAGCUGAAUUUCACCCUCACUGAACCUUUGGGAGUUCUCAAUUUGGAAGUGUUUGAUAAAGAUCUUUUGAAAUCUGAUGACAAGAUGGGAAAUGCAUUCCUCAACCUUCAACCAUUGGUCUCUGCAGCUAGAUUAAGAGAUAUCUUAGGAGUCUCAUCAGGUGAAACAACAUUAAGGAAGGUCAUACCUGACAACGAAAACUGCCUCGUCCGCGAAAGCAGUAUCAAUUGCGUAAAUGGCGAGGUUGCGCAGAAUGUUUGGUUAAGGCUGCGCGGGGUGGAGUCCGGCGAGGUAGAAUUGACCAUCAAGUUGGUCAAAAAUGUUACCACCAAAACAUAGCUAGUGCAGAAUUUGCAAGUGGGCAUAUCAAGAGUACCAACUCUUCUAACAAGAUCAUAAUUUGUAAAAUUUAUAUGUUUGUGUAGUUAAAUAAUGGUUUUGAUUAAUUCCUUUUGAUUUAUAGAUGCAGAUUCAAUUGUAAGUUAGCAGCUAGUGUGAUAGAUAUGAACCAGUUGUGAUAUAUGUAUGGCUUAUUUAGUCUUUAUUAUGGUGUGCUUUCUUUUUCUUUUGUUGUAAUGUGGUCCUUACUUUAGUAUCUAAACUUUUUUUGAGUUGGAUUUGUUGUUCAUAGUCACCUCAAUCACCAGGC